AUGGUCAAGGCAAUUGCUACUGUCCGAGGUGAUUCCACCGUCUUCGGCACCAUCACCUUCGAGCAGCUCGACGAAAGUUCUCCGACGAAAAUCUCCUGGAACCUCCGCGGCAACGAUUCCAAUAGCCAAAGAGCAUUUCAUAUCCACGAGUUUGGUGACAACACCAACGGAUGCACCUCUGCUGGACCGCAUUUCAAUCCUUUCGGGCGUACUCAUGGCGCUCCAUCUCAUCAUGAGCGACAUGUUGGCGACUUGGGCAAUUUCCAGGCCGAUUCGAGCGGCACCUCAGUCGGUACAAUGACAGACCAUUUGGUGAAGCUCAUCGGCCCAGAGAGCGUUCUCGGUAGAGCCAUCGUCAUCCAUGCUGGGACCGACGACCUGGGACAGGGGCCCAAUGAGGAAUCUAAAGUUACGGGGAAUGCUGGCGGAAGGCCCGCUUGUGGCGUUAUUGGUAUAUCUUCUAGCGGUUCUGCCAACCCGAGGCCUCGCCGUCCUGUGGAAACAGCCCUGGCAAUUACGACGAGCCACUUGUAG